GUGGCAUGUGAUGCUCCUUCAUCUACAGCGGAAACAUUCUCGGGAAAAGUUCGAAAAAAACUGGGCGGUGUGGGAAUUUGGUCACAUGGAGCGCACAGCCUAAAAGACUGAGGCGCUGAAAGUGUCUCACUCAGGUCUGCGUUCGGAAGCGGACAGAGUUUGUGACAGAAGAGCAGCGACUCUCUCCGCGCUCGCUCUGAACGCGUGCGUGAUUUUGACGUCAUCCGCGCAGGUGCCAAACGCUGAGUUGUGAUUACUCCUGACCGCGCGCCAGACAUUUACCAGCACUCCUGAGAGCAUUGGGCAGCAGCCUGUGGUCACAUGAUGCCAUUUACAGUGAACCUGAUUGGCCCGUCCCCCUGGGGAUUCAGAAUUUCUGGAGGGCGAGACUUCAAGAAGGCCAUAACAGUUUCCAAGGUGAAUGCUGGCAGUAAGGCAGAGACGGCCUCUCUUCAGCUUGGUGACAUCAUCAUGGAGAUUAAUGGACUCAAUACUGGCGAGAUGCUCAACGUAGAGGCACAAAACAAAAUCAAGAGCUGCACGACUCUGCAACUUCUCGUAGAAAGGUAUGGCUCAGGUUCAUGUAACUGCAACCCAUUUCAUGUCAACUGUAGUUUACUUCAAAACUUGCUUGAAUUCAACACCAGUUCAGAAAUGUCCCAUGAUCUGCACUUAUUAAAGCUAAAUAUUUCUUUAUUUUUCAGCCUCCAGCUCCAUUCCUGGUCUUCAGAGGAGAAGAGCAUACAGAGUCACAGACUGUCCCGACCCCUCUCUCAGGAGAUCUCUUCCGUGGAUUUCCGCAGUAACUCCGUGUCCAGUCGGACUCCAACUCCACCUGGACGAUACUCUCCACACAGCCCCAUCGAACGAGAGGUGCCCAUUUCCCCUCGACGCAGUUCGGACUUUGCCAUGCAGAGGUUUGACAGAGACUCAGAGGUGUACAAGAUGAUUCAGGAGAACAAAGAAUCCCGUGCGGCUCCUCGCCAGUCCAACACCUUCAAGAUGCUGCAGGAGGUGCUGGAGGCUGAUGAGAAAGAGGCCGCCAUCCGGUUUCCAAGCAAGUUGUCUCCAAGCCCCUCCAAGACCACAUCCUCUGUUUCUGGUGUGCAGAAAUACCACACCUGUGAAAAAUGCGGCACCAGUAUUGUCACUCAGGCCGUGAGGAUCACAGAUGAUCGCUUCCGUCACCCAGAUUGCUACACCUGUACGGAAUGCGGGCUCAACCUAAAGAUGCGCGGCCACUUCUGGGUGGAGGACAAAAUGUACUGCGAGAAACACGCCAGAGAAAGAUACCAGGGUACCGGCAGUAACUAUCGUUACGUUGUGUCCCCAAACCACUGAGACGCCCGAGCAGCCGCCCUCCUGACGCCACCUCCAACUCCUCUGAUUAGCUGCGAGCAUAGAGAGGAGAAGAUGCUGAUGUCAUUGAUACGUUGUCCAAUGGGAGCCAAAUAGAGCGUUUGGCGUAAUGUCACUUGAAGCUUUGGGACUUGGCGCAAUUGUGUCCUCUUCUCCAGUUAUUAUACACCCCUUGAAUAGAGACUAUAAGCUUUGAUCUAAUGGAUUUGGAAGGGGGCGUCUCUGUUAGAGCGUGCUAUUUCUAUACAGUUGAAUUUCUACAUUUGCCUGCCAGUUCCACAUGUUGUAUUAUGCUUUGAAAACUGCUUGUUUUUCAAUAGACAUUUAACUUGGGUUUAUCUUGAAUAGUUUGUAUUUUUUUAUUUUGUUUGGCUGGAAUUUGUAGAGCUUUUCCAUACCGAGACUCGAAUGGUGAGAUGCAUCAAGUGGGCAUCAUCAGCGCUAAUGCACACAGGACUGGUUUCCUUUGUGUAUUUGUGUGUAAAUAGUUGCAAACAACUUCAUUGAUUUCAGUUUGCACUUAUUAAUGAAGGGUCUAAUGAUUACUUGGAAGUGAUUCUUAGUUUGAUGUAUAUUUCUCCCUUCAUAAAAAGAAAUUAUCCACAACAAUUCCUCCAUCCGCAUUUAGACCUCUGCAUAGUUUAUUUGCCAUAUGCUUUGUAUUAAAUAAGGGAUAUCUAAGAAAUUAUGACAUUUGUGUGUAAAUGUUUAUUUUUCACCUUAAACUGUAUGUGGACUGAGCGGAGGGUUUCGCACGCACUUGUUCGUGUUCAGGGUUGCAUUGUUUCAUUUAGACUGUAUUGUGUGUUUUUGGGUGAGAGAUGUGUGAUCACGCUCAGAUACACUGUUGUUUGCUUUGAAUGCAAGAGAAAGGAGUAUCAGAGUGAACGAUUUGAAACAUUUGUGGAUUAAAUUUGUCAAAUGAAUCGUGAAUCCUCACAUUGUGUUUGUAGGGUUGCCUCUCUUUAACUUUUCCGUUUCAAAUAAAAAAGCUUUCUGAUUA